AUGUGUUCAUAUCUAUGUUUUUUUCUGUAUUCAUAUCUAUCUAUCUAUCUAUCUAUCUAUCUAUGUGUUCAUAUCUAUCUGACUAUUGAUCUAUGUGUUGAUAUCUAUCUUUUUCUGUAUUCAUAUCUAUCUAUCUAUCUAUCUAUCUAUCUAUCUAUCUAUCUAUCUAUUUAUCUAUCUAUCUAUCUAUCUAUCUUCAGCCGGUCUACUUUCCGGCCAUAUGCAGAUAUCUUUGGUAUUCGAGCCAUGAUCGCCUAUGUUAUGUAUUCAUACUUUUCUAUCUAUCUAUCUAUCUAUCUAUCUAUCUAUCUAUCUAUCUAUCUAUCUAUCUAUCUUCAGCCGGUCUUUUUGCCGGCCAUCCUCAGAUAUCUUUUGUAUUCGGUAAUUUCCAAGAAUGCUAAAAUAAUUUCUUUACUGGUUCCAUUGGGUCAAGUUAUCAUUCUUUUACAGGCAAGAAAAAACGAGUAG